AUGAAAUGGGAGAAGCACGCUUUGGGGCGGUCUCAUGUUGGCUGCUGCCGCAAGCCUUUCGGCGAGCUGCUUGGAGGGUGCUGGAAGGGGCUUUCUAGCGGGCUCGGGGUAGCGAUUGGGCCGGAUGGCUGGACGCUGCAGCGCGGGCGGAGACAGACACUGCAAGGGAUGCAAUGCGAAGAGAUUGUCAAGAUGCGCUCGCCGGUCAGCCCCGAGUGUUGGGGGGCAGCGCGCAACGUGCUAGACACAUGCGGGCAGCAAGAGAUGUCACGUCCAGCGCGUGGAGCACUGGAGCACUGGGAGUUAGGAGCAAGGGGAGCAGCGCUGCGCUGCAUCGACCGCUGCGUGCGAUGGUCAUCGCCCGUGAGAGAUUAUGGCCUCAUGCCUAGGUGGUUCAUGGUGGAGAGGAAUCGAGGCGGGUUGGGCGGGCUGGGCACUUGCCGGGGCACCGACGCACGGCGGAAGCAGCCAUGGCCUUGUGCCGAGAGCUGCCUAGCGCGCGUCCGAGCGGGGAGGAAUAGCCGCGACGAACUGCACGUCACCGGGUCCAUCCUUCCCUUCCAACCCCUGGCCGUGCCAGCCCUCCAUCGCACCUUCGCAUCUCCACCUCAAGCCUGCUUGCCAUGGAAGGAGGGAGUCGCAGGAAGUAAAGCGCACCUGGCCAUGGCCUGCUGUGAGGAUGAUAAUACUUGCCGUUGGGGAGUCCUGCCUUCCUCCCUCCCACUCCUCCGGUCCUCCACCCUUCACGUCCACGGCCACCGCAAAUUGCCCCCCGGCGCCCAUCACCUCCGGGGCACUCAUUCACUCACCGUUCAGCCCCGUGCCAAGCCAUUCAUUCCCUCUGCAGAGUCCACGAACUGGCUGCCACCAGCCCGCUUUCAGAUCGUUGCGCAGCUCCCGAGUGCUCGGGACCGUGAUGUGCUUGCGAGCGAGACGAGCCCGGAUCAUGGCGCAGCGCCGUGA